CAAAGUUGAGGGGCGUUGCUGCUAAUUACUUAAUAAGUCACGAGACUUGGAUAUACAAAUAGUAUUGACUCGCGCCUCACCACGAGCUCUGACUUUAAGUGAGGGUCCACUGCCAUCAUGUGGUGAGGAGGUCGACUUGGCCUCAGUGUGGGGAAUCAACAGGUUGAGUGCUCACUGUGUUUAAAUGUGGCCACUUUCAGUCCGUUGAAGGAUCACUUAAAGGGGUCAUUGUGCGUCAUGACGCACAGAUUUUCACUUGAAACCCUGACUGGAUAUUUUGGAAAUGUUUCAUGGUGAAUAGGUUGCUAUUUUUCUCCACCCAGAAAUAGUAAUAAUAUAAGUUGAAGCCCACCCAGUUGACGGUGGUGAAACGGUUAAACUGAGACAUGAGUACAGCUCAUUGCUGUUCAUGUGUGGUUAAAAGCAUUUUUCUGAGAGUAACUCACAUUACAAACAUAUGAAGACGUCUCAACACAAACCUUCUCUGCGGUGAUGCUGUGCGUAACUGCGUGACGGAGUCGAGCGUAUUCAAAACACCACCCUAUCACCCGUGUCAAAGUCAAAUGUUCGUUAUUAAUGUACGAGUGCUGGAGUUCUUCACUUAGAGACAUCAUCACAUUGAGCCAUGCAGAAGUUUGUGCUUGUUUUCAUUUUUCUAGAUGUUCUGGUGCGUUUGGGUACCGGUCAGCACUAUGUUGGACCGUGGAGACAACGGAUUCAGUGGGAGAAUAACGGUCAGGUGUACAAUUUACUGAGCACUGGGACUCAAUAUCGUUCACCUGCGCAGGUGAGAAGACGCACUCAGAUGUUAUUGACGACUAAAAACCAUUUUAAUCAACUUCAAGCUCCAGUUGCGUUCACGAGAUCCUCCAGGACCCGAUCUGGAAACUUUGGUGGUCACUCUCAACAAAACGACGCUAAUCAAGUGGAUGCGUCCGUUCUUAGUGCUGGUGAUGCGGGUCAGUAUUUACUCGCCUCGGGACGACCCGGGACACAAAGUCAGUCUCCACCGCGCGUCGCUACCAGAGGAGAGGCUCCGGGAUACCGUUCACAACAUGCAUCAUCUAACGGCACCUCUGCUGCGUCCACCGUCAUCCAGGAGUUCUCUGGCAGCGGAGUCCCAAGAGGAGGCCGGAGCACACCUGGAGAUGACGCUGGUGCACAACAGGCCACUGCCUCGCCGGUAAGAUCACCGGACUUUACGCACAUCCGUGGCGGCAGAAUAAGAUCUGACACCUCGGAAUCAACUGCCCGGUCACAUGCUACACCUGGAUGGGUCCCCGUGGCGGAGGAUAGUGGGAAUGCACGUCGCAUCCCGCAGCAAACCAGCGAAGGAGGCGCACGCAGCGCGCAAAGAGCGCAUUCACUGACCAGAGUUACACCGGAGUCAAAUGUUUCUCCCACAGCGCUUUCGAGUAACGCCGUAGAAAUACACUUUCCUCGUCCGAGGCCGGAUACAACACGGACUACGGACAUGAGUGACCCACGAGAUCCACACAGUAUUCAUCACAGGAACUCAGUUUUCUAUGAUGUUUACCCACCAGAUCGCAGAAACAGGAUCACUGUGCGCCCUCCACCUGCACCGGGCUAUGGAACCAGGUUCUUCCACAAUGGUCUCCCAGACUUGGUCCCUGACCCUUAUUACAUCCAAGCUGCCUCUUACAUCCAGAGGGUGCAGAUGUAUGCACUUCGCUGUGCUGCUGAAGAGAACUGUCUUUCCAGGUCUGCGUAUCAUCCAAGUGUGAGGGACCUCGACUACAGAGUCCUGCUGCGGUUCCCACAGCGAGUAAAGAACCAAGGAACAGCAGACUUCCUCCCAGUGAAACCCAGGCAUGAAUGGGAAUGGCACAGCUGCCAUCAGCAUUACCACAGCAUGGAGGCCUUUAGUAACUACGACUUGUUGGAUGUCACCACUGGACAGAAGGUCGCAGAGGGACACAAGGCCAGUUUCUGUCUUGAGGACACUUCCUGUGACCCGGGAACACGACGACGCUUCGCCUGCACUGUUCACACACAGGGGCUCAGUCCUGGUUGCUACGAUACAUAUCACGCCAACAUCGACUGCCAGUGGAUCGACAUCACUGAUGUGCCACCUGGAAACUACAUCCUCAAGGUGACAGUGAACCCCUCACAGCUGGUUCAGGAGUCGGAUUUCUCCAACAAUGAGGUGCUCUGCGACAUAAGGUACACAGGAAGCUAUGUCCAGGCAAGAAACUGCAGGAUCACAGUAAGCUGACCUGACUGAAGCUUUCCCACGGGUAUUACAUUACCUUCUUAUUGCUCUUAAUCUACAGUUGCUACUCUGUUGUGCAGUUUUACAUUAAAAUGUUUGCUACUUUAUAAAUUAAUCUGUUUGUAUUUAUGUCAUAUGGUAUAUGUGUGUUGUUUGUAGCAAUGCAAGGCUGUACUGUUUGCUGUAUGUCUGCAGAAAACUUGAAGAAAACAUGUUAGUGUGAUUGACAAAUAUUCACAAUUCAUGCUGUGUGACUUGGCGUGGUGCUCUUCUCCCCUGAACUUUAUUAGCAUUUUGUCAGCGAAGCAAUCCUCUGUCUAAUAUUCACAGCAUAUUUGUUGAAGUGAAGGAAGUGCUGUUAAGAUAUGAAAAACUAAUACUUAUGCAUGCAUUUCAAGCAGUAUGGUCUGUAUGAUUUUGUGUAUAGUCUGUUCGUUUACAAUCUGGUGAAACAGUUGAUUGUUUGAAAGCUGUUCUGGAUUUUUAUUAUGUUUUAUAAUAAAGUUUAU